AUGACCGGGCCGCCGUCCUCUUCCUACCCCGGCCAGGUCCCGCCUCCAGCAGCCGUGAUUUCGCCGGAAAACGAGGAGAAAAGUUCCGGUUUUGACAAAAACUUCACCGGCUUCGUUCUCCGUCGUCCGGCAGCCAUUUUUGGCGAUCCAGGGUUCGGCCGGUUUUGGGUUCACGAUUCCGGCCACUUCCAGUCAGAUUUUUGGUGGGUUCUUGACGACUGGGGCAAUGAUGAGUGCAUCCGUAUCCUUAAGAAGUGCAGGGAAGCUACUCCGGAGGAUAAAGGGAAGGUGAUAAUCGUAGAAGUGGUUAUCGAUGAAAAAGAUGAGAAAGAGGACAUCAAACUAACAAAUCUGAGAUUGAUGCUAGACAUGGUGAAGAUGGCCCAUACAAACACAGGAAAAGAAAGGACCUUGAAGGAAUGGGAAUAUGUUCUUGGGGAAGCUGGCUUCAGCCGACACACUAUCACACCUAUUCAUGCUGUCUGUUCCGUUAUUCAAGCUUUUCCUUAA